AUGGACUCGCCAAUCACCGAUGCAUCGACCAUCGGCGUCGCAGCCCUGCGCCCGUUGUUUCAGCACCAACCACAACCGCAGCCGCACUUCCAGGCAAGGGUCGCAUCUGUGGAUCAGAUGCAUGCACGCAUGCAAGCGCUGGAGUGCAAUCUCUGUGCUUUCGAGGCCAUGGGCCCAGCCGAGCUGUCCGCCCACAAACAGCUUGUUCAUAAAUGCAUCAAUCUGCCCCAGCAGCUUCCGCAAGCGCCAAGUCCACCGGCACCAUCCGCGCCACCAUCGCCGUCAUCGUCACCCCCGUUGUCGCCACCGUCGCUGCAACACGAUGGUGAUGUGGAGGUGGAGGUGGCCAUGGGCUUGAGCAAGGAUUCGCCUGUCCCACGAGCACAGGCCGGCUCCAUGCCUGCAGGCGGUUCCAUUGCUGAUAGCGUGAAGGCGCGUGUACGGCAUAACAAGACACCUCAUAAACCUGAACGCCAAGGCCGAGGCCGACACAAACGCCAGAGGCGACAACAGGACCAAGAUGUGCCUUCCACUAUUCCAUCCUCAUCCGCAACAGCUUCAUCACACUCGCCAUCAUCUUCGUCUUCUGUGCUGAAGGCCGCAACUCGCACCAAGCUCGCCGCACCCACGCGCCGCCAGCCUCCCCUGAAGCACAGGACGACGCGCCGUCAGGCACAGAAGCAGACGCAACAGCAGCAUCAGCGCGGCAAGAGCCACCUUAAGCAGAGGUCAGCUCGCAACACUCGCAACACUCGCAACACUCGCAACACUCGCCACACUCGCCACACCGGCAACAAGGCGAAGGUGCAGGCAACAGCACGCAAGCGCUUCAAGUGUGAUGAAUGCAAGUACAAGACAGCUUACAAGGGACACCUGACAAGACAUCGGCGAGUACACACGGGUGAGAAGCCAUACAAAUGCGAGCAAUGCGAAUACAGCGCCUCACUGCGGCAAAAUUUGCUGAAGCACAUGGAGCGGUGGCACCCAGAUACAAGGCGGUACAAGUGUGACCAGUGCAGCUUCAAGACAGCCCACAAGAAAAACCUUGCAACACACAAGCUAAGACACACGCGUGGGAAGCCAUACAAGUGUGACCACUGUGAGUACAGGGGCUUUUGUCAAGCUGACGUCUCGAGGCACGUGACACUCAAGCACGGCUGAGGGGACAGUGAGGUGACAUGUGCGUAGCAGCUGUGAUGUUGGCGGCAAUGAUCACGAUGGCUUGCAGUGCAAAUUCUUCACGUCACAACAACAACACCAACAACAACAACACCACCACCACCACCACCAACAACAACAACAGCAGCAGCAGCAGCAGCAGCAGCAGCA